AAUAACACUACAGUAUCUCCACUUUCUUAAACUGCUACUUUAGCUGAACAUAAAUACCUGAAUACAUUCCAGUGACUUUUGGACUGGUCAACAGAGCAACAGAUUGAAAUCCAGUCACGUUUCACUUGCUUGAAAGAAAAAUAACACACAAAGAAAGACCUGAUCCGGCUUCAACCAUGUGACCUAGUUUAUGUUCCUGUUUCUUGUGGUACAUCAUAUUAACUCUCACAGGAUGUGUAUUUUUGCAGAGGCUAUUCUGGACGGCACACACUACGUUCUCAUCGGCGUCUCUGCUCUGAUCGCCCUCUUCACUGUUUUCUGUGGAAUCCUGUGGAUCAAAAAGUAUCGAGAUCUGAAGAAAACCAUCCGGCAGCUGCAACAGGGUAGGACGCAGAUCGCUCCUCCCCAGAAUUCCUCUCCUCUAUCUCCCGUUACCCCCCAGGACAUGUUUGCGUUACCACCGUUAAGUAGCUCUACAGAGACGCACAUUCAAAGACUGAAGAGCAGGCCAAGUUCCCGGGUACUGUGGAAAUCAUCACAACAGAACCCCAGAGUCACGAAGGCAGAUCUAAACUUUAUUCAGCUAAUCAAGGCUGGGAGAGAAGGCGUCUUCUACAAGGCAAAGAUGAUGCGGGGCACGUGCAAAGGCCACUCACUCGUCACCUGCAAAAUCUCAAAAGAAGAUGUCACUCCCAAGCACAUGCAGACGGAGGUGUGUAUUAUGAGAAAGCUAGCGUAUCAUAAGAACAUUCUGCAGCUGCUUGAAUGGAACACUACAGAGGAACCCUUCUUGAUGAUUAUGGAGUACGUGAGUUAUGGGACCCUUCGCAGUUUCGUCCAGACCCACCAAGAGAAUCUGAGCAAUGACCCUGAGUUACAGAGUCUCUUCACCAUCGCCUCCUACCACAUCACCCUGGCCAUGGAGCACCUGCGCUCCAAAAUGGUGGUCCACUGCGACCUGGCCUUGCGGAAUAUUCUGGUGAGCCGUUUCCCAUGGGAAAUCAAGUUGGCAGAGUUUGGCCUGGCGAGGGACCUGACGUGUAUGAGAAGCAGACGCAGCACCAGGAAGAAGAAGCACAGGGAGCGAGUGCCCUUGCGCUGGUACCCUCCCGAGUAUUUCCGCAACAACUACUAUUCCUUCAAAGGGGACGUGUGGGCCUUUGGUAUUGUGCUUUGGGAAAUGCAGACUUUUGGCAGCUUGCCCUACCCCGAUUUGGAUAUGUCAGAGCAAGUGGUGUAUCACAUUUGUGCUGGCCACAGGAACACAGGGCCCGAGAGCUGCCGACCAGAGAUACUGCAGAUCAUGAAGGACUGCUGGAUGGAUCCUUACACUGCCAGACCGUCCUUUUCAGACCUGGUCAGAAUCUUGGAGAAGGUCAUUGAAAAUGACUCGGACUAUGUGGAUGUUGAAACCCAAACACUGCUGGGUAUGUCAGCAGAUUAAAUCUUCAACAUCACGAGCAAGAAUUGAUCCAGCAAGAUCUCAGAAGAACACUCGGUUCUUGUUGGACAGCAAUGCAGUUUAAAGGACUGGAGCCCUACAUCUUAAAGUGUAACAAAGGCUGAAGGCAGCCACCCUACCUGCCACUUGAAGCUAGGUCUGGCAGGAGGUAAACGUGAACUCUAACCACAGGACCAAAGAGCCAGCUCCCUGGCAUAGCAGCCAGAGCACCCAAUUAACCUUCCUAAGUGAGGAUCUCCGUCACAAGAGACUUUCCCGCUUUAUUCAUAUUUAAUUUUACACGACAUCCUGUCACAGACGUUAAACUUCCUCUUAUUCAGUAAUCAAUGGGGUUUUCAGACUAAACUG